AUGACCAGUUUUCGACGAGGGCUCGCGAGAUUCUCAGCUCGAAGUGCUCAAUAUUGGGACAGACACGUCCUCUCAGCCGUUCCAAAAUUCCGACAAUUGCCCCGGGCGCAGAAUCCUAGCUCUCAGUCCGAGGCAGGUGUGGCACAUGGCAGCUCUGGUCACGCUCAGAGCUCAGCACUUAGCGCUAGUUCUGGACAUACUAGCCUGCCGACAAUUCUGACAGCUGCAGCGGACGCAGGAUGGGCUAUACCCUGCCAAACGGUAGACGAACAAGUCAUCAAUGACUCCCUGAUGAACCUCCUUGAAGCUCCUACAAUCAACGUCCCAGAAGUGGACUGUCGAUGGACUUCCGCCCGUAGACCAUUCGGUACUGUGUCGUUUGGUCAUAACCAAAUGACUGCCUGCGCCGACGGUUAUCUUGAAGGACAACAUAUCCGUGAAAUAUUCGCCAUCGUGGAAGUGAAGGCAGCGCAACGAGACCGUAAAGCACGUCCAAAUGUUCUAUGGCAGGACUCAGGAGGGGGCAGAAAUGGUAGCGUGGAUCCUGACUGA